UCCUAAUGCACAAAAGAACACAUACUGGAGAAAAACCCUAUGAAUGCAAUCAGUGUGGUAAAGCCUUUUCACAGGACGGAAAUCUCGAAAGGCAUAAAAGAACACAUAUUGGAAAGAAGCCCUUUAAAUAUCAUCAGUGUGGGAAAGCCUUUUCACAAUUGAUUAACCUCCACAUUCAUAAAAGAACACAUACUGGAGAAAAACCCUACGAAUGUAGUCAAUGUGGUAAAGCCUUUUCAAACCUCGGUACACUACAAGUGCAUAAAAGAACACAUACUGGAGAGAAACCCUAUGAAUGUAUUCAGUGCGGCAAAGCCUUUUCACAGCACUCUAGUCUAGAAAUGCAUAAAAGAACACAUACUGGAGAGAAACCCUAUGAAUGUAUUCAGUGCGGCAAAGCCUUUUCACAGCACUCUAGUCUACAAAUGCAUAAAAGAACACAUACUGGAGAGAAACCCUAUGAAUGUAAUCAGUGUGGUAAAGCCUUUGCAUGUUGUAGUGCUCUCCAGAGACAUGAAAGAAUUCAUACUGGAGAGAAACCCUACAAAUGUAAUCAUUGUGGGAAAGCCUUUUCACAUGUCAGUAAUCUCCACAGUCAUAAAAGAACACAUACUGGAGAGAAACCCUAUGAAUGUAUUCAGUGCGGCAAAUCCUUUUCACAGCACUCUAGUCUAGAAAUGCAUAAAAGAACACAUACUGGAGAGAAACCCUGUAAAUGUAAUCAGUGUGGUAAAGCCUUUGCAUGUUGUAGUGCUCUCCAGAGACAUGAAAGAAUUCAUACUGGAGAGAAACCCUACAAAUGUAAUCAUUGUGGGAAAGCCUUUUCACAAGUCAGUAAUCUCCACAGUCAUAAAAGAACACAUACUGGAGAGAAACCUUAUGAAGGUACUCAAUGUGGUAAAGCCUUUUCAUACCUCCGUACACUCCAAGUCCAUAAAAGGACACAUACUGGAGAGAAACCCUACGAAUGUAAUUACUGUGGUAAAGUCUUUUCACAAUCCGGUAGCCUCCAUGUGCACAAAAAGACACAUAUGGAGAGAAACCCUAGGAAUGUAAUCAAUGUGGUAAUGCCUUUUCAAAACCAAUAGUCUUCAAAGGCAUAAAGGAACCCAUAAUGGAGAGAUACCCUACGAAUGAUAUCAAUAUGGUAAAGCCUUUGCAUGUUGUAGUGGUCUUCAGAGGCAUAAAAGAAUUCACACUGCAAAGAAACCUUAUGAAUGUAAUCAGUGUGUUAAAUGCUUUUCACAACCCAGUUCUUUCGAAGUGCAUAAAAGAACACAUACUGGAGGGAAGCCAUAAAAAUGUAAUCUGUGUGGGAAAGCCUUUUCAUGACAUGGAAAUCUCUAAAAUAAUAAAAGAACACAUAUUGCAGAAAAACCCUGUGAACGUAAUCAUGGUGGUAAAGCCUUCACACAUUGUAGUGAUGUCGAAAGGCAUGAAAGAUUUCAUACUGGAUUGAAACCCAAUGAAUAUACUCAACGUUGUAAGGCCUUUGCACAUUGCUGUGAUCUCCAAAUGGAUGAAAGAUUUCAUACUGGAGUGAAACCCUAUGAAUAUAACCAGCAAACCCUUGUCACAUUUUUUCAAAGCCUUGAAAGAAAUCAUAUUGGAGAGAAAACCUUGUGAAUGUUUUUAGUAUAACAAAACCUUUGUACAUUUCUAUAGGCUUCACGUUCAUGAAUGAAUGAUACAGAAGAGAAGCCCUAGGAAUGUGUUUCAUAUGGUAACUCAAGGCUUUGUUUUCAUGUUUCAUAGAGGUGUAAUGAAGUGAUCUAAUCAGUAAUCAACUGCACCUCACUGCAUAGCUUUAUGUGAUAUGAACAUGUAUAUAUGAUUGGACGUUCUGUAAUUCUGUAUGUUCCUCCAAAUCAUCCAUUUGUCAUUUCAUCUUGAAUUACUGCAUUUUAUAAGAAAUAUAUAGCAUAAAUAUUCUAGAUAAUGUAACAGCAAGGAUUUUACUUAAAAAGAAACACCUCUGGUGUGUGCAUGUGACAGGAUUAUGUGGUUUUAAUCCAUGUCAGAUUUGUAAAGAGUGGGGGACAACUUUGUCACAUAUCGUUUGGUCAUCUCAAUAUGAGGAUUGAGGUCUGGUUUCCAGCUUUGGACACCAAAAUCCUUUCCUACAGCUCUGUUUCCCUGAUGCUCCAAUAAGAUUAGUUGAGAUAUUGUAUCGCUAAAACAUUGUCUUUUUUCACAUUAUAAACAUAUUGUUAUGUAAUAAUUGAUGAAUUCAUGGCAAUAUCAAUGAUAAAAUUUCUUUGAAAAUGAAAAUGUGCAGGCAGUUCUCCUAGGCACUGAGCCACAUGUUUAGCCCCAUGAAAGUGUGAUGAAUAGCGUUUACGUGUGAAAGAUUGAUCCUAACUACAUCUUUAACUCAGCCCUGAUGACUCAGAAGAAAGAGAAAAUUGAGAACAUAAGAAAGUAACUUAGGCUUGGUGCUUAAAGAAGUUUCUGAGCCACUAUCUUCACAAAAAUAUGGAAGUAUCCAAAAAAUGGCCAGGAGAGCAACUGACAAUACAAGUGUUUUAAAAGUGCCUGACCACUGGACCAAAGCCACCAGACUGAGUUUAUCUCACAGGUGGUAAAUAGGUAUCAAUGGGAACCCACCAAGACAUAUGUCAGGUAUAUUCUUUCUGGAAAUUAUGCCUAGUGCAAAGAGAGAAAAUGAACUUGAAGGCAUGAAGACCAACUUUUCUGAAGUGGAUUGUAUUCUGUUCCCCUGAUGCAUGCAAACAUUGAGUUAGGAGCCCUGAGUGGUGAAGACCCCAGAUGCUGUGCAGGUUGCUGUCAGGGGAGCCUGAGGUUAAAACAGUGGUCAAUAGAAGGCUGGAGAAUUCAGGCAUUUACAGAUU